AUGGAGUGCCAAUUGAAGACCCAAGUGGAGAUAUGGAUUAUAAUCCAUACCGGAUUCAUACUCCCCACAGAAGAAGGUGUGCCCAUCGCCUGUGACAAGUGGGAUGCACAAACAAGGAGAAAAAUUGAAGCUGAUGCAAAAGCAACAUGUGCUGCAUUUGCGUCGCAAGAUCUCUACCUCCAUGGAUUCUUUAGUGCCUCCAUUAAACUGCCCUCCGAUUAUGUGGCUGGAGUGGUGGUUGCUUUCUAUCACCUCCGCCGCAUCAAGGUCAGGGACAAAGGAUCCGUCGCAAAAUCUGGCGUCCGGAGGGGAAUCGCAUCUCGGAAUAUCCACCGCAUCGCAGAUCAAGAGUCCCCCCUGCACCCGCCUCUUUAUCCCCUCAGGAGGUCGGAAUCGGCCGGGAGCGAGAACCAUAACUCCCGAUCUGUCUCGUCGUCGCCGGAUAAGGAUGACCGUUGCUACACGACCAGGGGAUCGGCGGCGUUGGUAUGCGAGGGCGAGAACGCCGACGAAAGAGCCUCGGCAGCCUCUCUACCUCGAUUCUUCGUUUCACUGUCGAACAAGGAGGAGGAGGACUUCAUGGUGAUGAAGGGGUGCAAGCUGCCGCAGCGACCCAAGAAGAGAUCCAAAUUCGUCCAAAAAUGCAUACUCUUGGUGAGUCCUGGAGCAUGGCUGUCAGAUCUCUCACAGGAGAGGUAUGUAGUCAGGGAGAAGAAGGGAUCAAGAAAGAGGAGAAGAGGAUUAAAGGCCAUGUCCAUGGAGAGUGAUUCAGAAUGAAGCAAAAGGGAGA